GAAUCUCGCACAAAAACCAUGAUAAUUGACAGAGAUCCUACGAUUUUUGCGGAUAUCGUGAGUGGCUUUAGCCAUGGUUGGGAACCACCACCAAACAUUCCCACAUCCCUCCCAUUGGCAGUAACGCCUCCGAUGGUCGAUCGUGACCCUGAAUUGUUUUCUGACAUUCUACGAUAUCUUCAAGGAUACGAGAUUGGAAUCAAAGAUGAAGUUCAUAGGCAAAACUUGCUCAAGGAUGCUCGCUUUUAUCAUUUAAAAGGAUUAGCUGAAAAAUUAUUAGCAUCUACAGUGACUGUAAAUGGAUUUGCUAAACAUGAUUGUGCAAAAAAUGAGAUAUUGUUUCGGUUAAAAGAUAUUAGGACAUCCGGUGUUAUACUACCGGAAUGUAGUAAUAAUGGUGAUGCUUUAGGCGACGAAGAUAGUGUUAUUUCUACAGGAGAUACUAGUCACAUCAUGUAUAAAAAUAAGGAAGGAACCGUUUAUAUCUUAUUGGUAGAGGUGCAUAACGCUCAUCUAAUUUGUCGAUAUGAACCAAUGUCUUGGGAAAUGCCUACAAUAUUAGAGUUAGUAUUAUCUGAUAAGGAGAUAAAGAAGCUUAAGGACAUCGCUAAGGCAAUCAAAGCAUUAGGUGAAAUUGAGCCCGUUAUUCGAUCACCAGAAAUAUGCGCCUUUGAAGUUGAUGGGGUAAAAUGCACUUCAAAAACCUUAAUAAAUGUUGAUGAAUCGCCACAUUUAAUAAAAGAAGAUGAUCAAGGGAGUCGAUACGUAGACUUAUUCGUAACAAAAGGAAUAUUGAAAUUAUUUGUAAACAAUGAAAGGAAAAUUGAAAUGGAACUACUAAAAUGUGAGGUCUUUAGUUCAGAGAAAGGAUUCAACAGAAAGAGAGAAUUCUUGCCCGCUGAUAAAAGAAUCGCAUUGUAG